AUGGAUCUGUUCGCUGAAGCGAGUGUGCCCGCUGUGGCAAUGGCGUCGGCUCUGUCCGUCGCUGCCGGGGCAUACCUGAAUGCGAAGUUCUCAAUCUCCACAGACUUGUCUGCUCAUUUCAAUGACAAGGCAUUUGGCAAGCGACUUGGGGAGCGCAUUGGGCAGCUAGGCGAAUCAGCUACUAUUUACAAGCUUCUCGAGCGUGUGGUGGAUGUCGAGGGCCAGGGUGGUGCAGAUGCUCUCUGGUUUGAGCACAAGACUUGGUCGUACACACAAUUGAAAGAAUUGGUUGACCGUUUUGCUGCUCUGCUUCACGAGCGGGAUAUCAAGGCCGGCGAUUUCAUCGGUGUUUUCACUACCAAUUCCCCGGAAAUGGUGGUGACACUAUAUGCGCUAUCGAAACUGGGCGCUGUAGCCGCCAUGAUCAACACCAAUUUGCGGGACGACACAUUCAUUCAUUGUCUCAAUGUCUCUGGCUCCAAGUCUAUCAUUUCAACACCCGAUUUAGCCCAACAUGUCUGCGUGGACCUUCCACACGUAUCAUUCAGCCUCACAUCCUUCGAGGGCAUUUCCACUGGCCCGGUGGAAACCAUCACAGCAACAGACCUGCAAAGAUACCCUACAACAGGCUUGCAGCCAGCCAAGCGCACACUCAAGGACUUGACCGCACUCAUCUACACCUCUGGCACAACAGGGAAGCCCAAGGCCUGCGCAGUGCGAAAUAUGCUUGCAGUAGUCACAUCUAAUACUCUUUCAAGCGAUGCCAAUAACCGAUCAAAGUACUACCCCCUCCGCACAUACUCAUCUCUGCCCCUCUUCCACGGCACAGCUUUUUUCACCGGGUUGUGCUACUCGGUCGGAAACUGCGGAACUCUCUGUCUCCGCCGCAAGUUCUCCGCCUCGCAGUUCUGGAAAGAUGUCCACGACUCCGGUGCCACGCGUAUCCUGUACAUUGGUGAACUCUGUCGCUACCUUCUCUCCACUCCCCCUCGCCUUAUGAUGCCAAGCACAAUUUUCAAGUCACGAUUCAAUGUACCUGAGAUUCGGGAAUUCUAUCGUUCCACGGAAGGAGUUGCUAAAUUCGAUAACCAUGGCGAGGGUGUCUGGGGUGCCGGCAAGGUGGGCUUUUCUGGGCCCAUCCGUCGGUCCUUGGAGGAUGAUAACUUCAUUGUCAAGUAUGAUACCGAUACUGAGAUGCCGUGGCGGGAUCCUAAGACUGGAUUCUGUGUUCGUGCCAGUCUGGGCGAGGAGGGUGAGGCGAUUGGGCGUGUGCGUGAUCGCGGGCUGUUGAUUGAGUAUCUGGGAAAUGAAGAAGCGACUGAGAGCAAAUUGCUGCGUGACGUGUUCCAGAAGGGCGAUUUGUUCCAGCGCACAGGUGAUCUUGUAGUUCAAGAUUGGUCUGGCUGGAUCAGAUUCCAGGAUCGUGUUGGUGAUACUUUCCGCUGGAAGGGUGAGAAUGUUAGUGCGGGUGAGAUUCGUGAUCACAUCUGUCGUAUUGAAGGUGUUCAUGAUGCUGUGGUUUAUGGUGUGAAGCUCGCCGGAUACGAUGGUCAGGCUGGCGCUGCUGGAAUCACCUUGGAAGAUCAAUCACCUGCCUUCCAGGAUAUCUUCGCUGCCAAGCUCUACCCUGAGUUAAAGAAGAAGGGCGUGCCAUCAUACGCCUUCCCCCGGCUUGUCCGAUUGAUCGAGAAAGUCUCGACUGGUGUCACUUUCAAGCAGGCCAAGGGUGAACUAGCAAAGAAGGGCUGGGAUCCCCGCAAAGACUCCGCGGACAGCCUUUACUGGUUGAAUGGAACCAAGUACGAGAAACUAAAUGAGUCAGGCUGGUCUGAGAUCGAGACAGGUAGGGCUAAGCUGUGA